AUGCCUCCACGAAUACCCCGGGUUGCAAUUGGGCAGUCGAGAUCAAUUCGGCUUUCAAUUCCUCCCAACACCAAACAAAUAUGUCCAAUAUGCUCGAUCUCCGGAACUUUGCGCAGCCCUGUACGACGACCUACUGCAACCCAGCUUCGGCAACCUCGAGUCCAAGCACGUUUGCAAUCCCAUCUGUCCAGCGCAACUGCAAUUGAUUCGUCUACUGUUCCUCUAUCUAGGCCUCCUCGGAUCGAACUGCGAGAUGCCCUCCUGGAUAUCCAAAAACAUGCCGCAAGCUACGUCAACAUUUCAAGACUUCAACUUGCUCUUCGAGGUCUGGAACAAGAAGCUGGGGACGAAACGAUCAGGAUAGCAAUUCUUGGUACUGCAGAUGGUGGUGCUUCUCUAAAGAAAGCCAAAGAACUACUGCGACUGCUACUAGCCGAUCCAUUGAAGACGGAGGAGAAAUGGGAGAGGACGUUACUUGGACAUCAAGAGGGUGGGAGGCCAAUCUUCUUGAAGGUCGGGCAGAAUGGCUCUGAAGAGACGUUACAGGGCAACAGACUGGUGGAGGAAAUUCAUGUCUCGUCGCCGACGUUGAAUGGUCAUAAGCUGGAGAUUCUGGUGUUGGAGAUGGACCCUCCAACGUCAGGCAGUGGGGAGGGCGAAUUCGCGGAGGCAGUUCUGGUUCCUACUAUGGAUAUACCGACAUCGAAUACUGGGAGAUAUACACCUGUGACAACUCCGGUUCAUAAGUCGUUGAUCGUGUCGCAAGGUGUUCUUGGAGCCGCGACACUCAUGAACUACCCGAUCGAUACAGAUACAGAUGUUAUUGGCACGGCGGUUGAUCUGCGCAUUGAUGAUGGAGAAGCCCUCCCUUUUCAAGUUAUCGAUACUUCAAUGGCAGCUGAAGCCAUCCAAUCGUUUCGAGAAAGUGUUGACAAUGCCUUGAUUUACGAGAAAAGCUGGUUCCAGAGCGCAGUGCCAGAAAUCUUGGAGUGGAUCAAAUUAGGAACUGCUUCUACAGAUGGUGAAAUGAAAGCUCCGGUACGCAAGCUUGUGGAAUCACUACUCAGCAACGCCAGUGCGGCAAUUGGGGCAGAACAUAGUAAGCAGCUGGGCUUAGCUAUAGCAAACAGUGUACCAUCUUCAGAUCUUCUAGCUUUGAGAAAAGGCUUAUCUGGGUGGGCUGAAAUUGCACAUACUGAGCUGAGAGACGAGCUCGAUAUUGCCUUCAAUGGCCAAAGGUGGCGGAAAUUGGGAUGGUGGAAGCUCUUCUGGAGAGUCGACGAUGUCUCAAUGAUUGCCUCCGACAUUUUGAACCAGCGAUUUCUCACCAGCGCCGAGAAGGAAAUCAUCUAUCUUGCAGGCUGCAUAGCACAAGCCGGCGUAUCAAAAGACCAUGAGACAUCUCCAAAGAACUGGGCCUACAAACCUGUCGAGGAAAAGCUUGUAGUAGCUACGGUCGGCUCAGAACCACAACCUCCUAAGCUCCGGGAUUUGGUCGAAUCACCACAAGAUGUGAUUCAUGCGGGGAUCAAGCCACGACCCUGGCCUCUCCAUAUACCAGUAACGCGAGCAUAUCUGUCGCAAGAAACUAUCCCAGCGCUUCAAGCACUGGCUCAAAAGCUCGUAUUCCAAACACUAAGCACGUCAUCGCUUGCAUCCGCUUUUGCUGGUCUGAUGUAUUUUUCUUCCAUUACAACCACACUCUACGAAGCAGGAGGGGUGGUGGCAUUUGGCAUCGUGUGGAGUCUGAGGAGAAUGCAAGGAAAGUGGGAAACAGCAAGGAAAUUCUGGGAAGGAGAAGUCCGAGAAGAGGGUCGGAAAUGUGUGAGGGCUGUCGAAGGCGUGGUUGGCGACGUGCUCAAGGAGAAGAAGCCUGCUGUGGCUGAGGACGAUGCUCUUGAGAAGGCAAGAGAUGCUGUUGCAAGAGCCGAGGCAGCUCUCAAGGCAACUAAAUAG